ACAGCAUGAGCCUCACUCUUCUGUGGGUGUUUCUGCCCCUGGUCGCCGUGGCCCGGGGCCAGUAUGGUGGCUACGGGUACCCGUACCAACAGUACCACGACUACAGCGACGACGGGUGGGUGAACCUGAACCGGCAGGGCUUCAGCUACCAGUACCAGACUUGCUCCAACAACGGGCUGGUGGCCGGCUUCCAGAGCCGCUACUUCGAGUCGGUGCUGGAUCGGGAGUGGCAGUUCUACUGCUGUCGCUAUAGCAAGAGGUGCCCCUAUUCCUGCUGGAUGACGACGGAGUACCCAGGCCACUACGGCGAGGACAUGGACAUGGUGUCCUACGACUACGAUUACUACAUGCGCGGAGCGACAACCACCUUCUCCGCGGUGGAAAGGGACCGCCAGUGGAAGUUCAUAAUGUGCCGCAUGACCAACUAUGACUGUGAAUUCGCGAAUGUUUAGAUUUGCCGCAGACCAGAUCGGGGUGAAGGGGAGGGGCCGGAGGCCCGAGGAUGUCCACCUGUGUUAACUCCAGUUGGAUCCUAGGAGGUUCCUGCCACUCUUUCUCCUCCCUGAGCUGGUCAGUGGCUGCGAUGCCAGCUUGCUAAGCCUUUCUGACAAGUAUCACACUUAUAACCAAACCCACAAUGAACCACGUUUCUCACUCCCAACAUGGUCCAUAGCGACUGUUUUAUAGGACUGACAACGGCUUUCCACAGGCCGCACGGAUGCUGUGCGUGCUCACAGCCGGAGCACCUACUGUGCGCACCUCACCGAGGCCUGAGCACCUACUGUGCGCACCUCACCAAGGCCUGAGCACCUACAGUGCACGUGCACGGCCUGAGCAGGAGCCUGGUCCCUGGAGCACCAGGGCUGAGAGUCCCUGGGAGCUGAGCGCAGGGCCGGCUGAGGAAGGCCGCAGGGAGGGGUCCCUGUAGGUGGGAGGCCGGGUCCUCUCAGAGGACAGACCUCCCCUUGAGGGACACGCUGGCCUGGAGGUUCAGGGCACAGCUCUGUGCUCUGGGCGAGGGGACUAGGAAGUGAAUUGGGAACCGGAGUGUUGGGGUGGAGCUGAAAGACAGAACUGGAGAUUCCUGGAGUGGAGAGAGGCUGUCAGCACACCCAGAAGUGCAAGGAGCACGGGAAUCAGUCUCCAGUCAGAAAAAAGGGGAAGAAGAGA